AUGAGCCUGAAUGGCGAGACCCAGCUAACAACGCAUCUCGCGCUGUGGUGGCUCUGCAUGAUGGCCACGCUGGAUGCCGGGGCCAAGCCUGCAACCACCCUGAGCGAACCCUGGCUCGGGUACGUCGACCCGACCGUCGUUGGAGCUGUCCGAAAUAGGCUUGAUAGGGAGAAGAACUAUAGCAAUAUAGUAGUGGCCGACACCAUACGUCUGAUAGAAGGCGUAACCACACCCCUUAGCGCCGAACUCCUCGUCCAGCUUGAGAAAUAUCGUGCCCUGGCGAAAGAGGAGGCGGCGAAGACCGACGACAGCCAAGACUUGGAACGCGACGACCUGCACACUCAGGUCGCUGCCACGAUAUUGACGCAGAGAGCCAUAACGGCGACUCGACCAGGCUUCAACGAUGGGACCAAGGAACAACCGUACUUCGGGUUCGGAAGUGACACGUGGGACGCACUUAUCACCACGUUCAACGUGGGUCAUCUGGAGUCCAUCGCCCAGUACACAAGCGACGUUAUGCAGUCCACGUCGGUUAUGGAGUUCAUCGAGAAGCACCCCGAACGAAAGGGUGCCAUCGAGAUGCAGAUUGCCCAAGCCGCAGCAUUCGACCUCAUAACGAAUCGCAACCAGCCGAAGGACAGGGCGGACCUGGAGCAGCGCCAGAUCGACAACGGCAACCGUGGCCUCCGAUACCUGCCCAUCCAGCUAGAAACAGCCAAGCUGUUCGUAUUUAUUGACAGUUCCUUUGCCAACAACAAAGAUUUGAGUUCCCAGCUGGGUUAUGUGAUCGUUUCGGGCAACGAGGAACCCGUCAACCAUGCUGAAAUUGCCAUCCAGGGUAAUGUUAUCACCUGGAGCUCCACGAAAAGCAAGCGUGUCACCUGGAGCGCGCUGGCAUCGGAGCUGUACAGCAUGGUUCUGGGUGCUGAUGUGGGCUACGCCCUUUCCACCACCCUGAACAGGAUCAUGGAGUCGAUGGGCCUGGCAGCAAUUCCAAUGGUGGUUUGCACGGAUUCGUUCUCGCUAUACGAAUGCCUGACAAAGCUUGGAACCACCAAGGAAAAACGCCUAAUGAUCGACAUCAUGGCGCUGCGCCAGUCCUACGAGCGCCGUGAGCUCGCUGAAGUCCGCUGGAUCAACGGUUGGGCAAUGAGGAACCUGUCAACUCCGCCGAAAUCGCCAUCCAGGGCAACAUCAUUACCUGGAGCUCCACGAAGAGCAAGCGCGUCACCCGAAGCGCGCUGGCGUCAGAGCUUUACAGCAUGGUUCUGGGUGCUGAUGUGGGCUACGCCCUUUCCACCACCUUGA